CUUUGAGUAGGUCAUAUCAGUCAACAGGCUGCCAAAUGGUGCAAAUAUAGUCCUCUUCGGCAAGUUUGGUUUCCUCCGGAAAAAUAACCCUGAGGAAUCUACUGGAUUUGCUAGCAUAACUUCAGUCAAAGACCGAACGAACACUUAAACGCAGCUGAUUAGCCAACAUAGGUUUCCUAAAGUCAAUACACCGGCAAAACGAACUAACUGUUUUGUACAACGUUAAAAGUUCGUUAAGUGAUUUUUUUUAUUGGAUCGAUGUAUUGUCCCUCUGAGUUUAUUGUCAUUCAUGUAGCGCACUAUUCAAAGCAUCUUGUAUUGUUUUCCGUGUACUACAUCGUCUCAGUGAAUCCUCGUGAGUUAAUAACUGUUAUCUCUCGGUUCCACUGUUAAGUUUCUCUUUUGUCUUAUGUUGACAUAGCGGCGUUCAAAUUUUAAGCUUUAGCUCCAUUUCAAUGAAACCUUCCAAGAUUUUUUUUUGAGAUAUUUCCAGUUAAUUGUUCCAGUAUAUCACGGGUAAAAUUUUUGGCCAUCCUUAAUAUUUUCUGGUUUUUGAAAGCUACAUCCCCAUAAUGUAAGGUCGUAAUGAUUUGAUUCAAUGAGUAAGGAUUUAGAUAUGGGGGAUUCGAGAGCAUCCAUAUGUGGAUUAAUUCAACAAAUUAAUAAUACCAUACUGAUUAUUCAAGUCCCAUUGUUAUUUGGUACUUUCUCUUGGUUUUCGUUUUUCUAUAACGUUUGCAUCCUGUUUAAUCUGGGAGGUUUCAACAGUGAAGCGUAGAUUAUACCUCGAUUAUGAUUUUCUUGAUUUAUUUUAAGGAACCGCUAAAUGUUACAUUAUUGAUGUUGUAAAAAGGAUCAACACAGUUACGGGAUUUACUUUUCCAACCAGUCCUAACUCAAAAGGAAAUAAAACCGUAAACUCUAUAGUUUGCUUCAAUUCGAUCGUUAUUGUUACAUUGGAUAUGACACCUAGCCACAUGAAAACAAUGUAUCCUUAUCAUAAUUCAGUAUAGGUUUAUGUACUUGUGUACAAAACUUCACCUUUUGAAGCUUGCGGAAUGAGGUCCAAACGUUUAACCGUAUAGUCAGAUGUCAUGUCCUUUAACUACUGCGAUAAUAAUCAGCUGAGAUCCGUGGAAUGGCAUUACAUUUGUGAAGUGUCUAGACACCACUCACUAAGUACUCGUUUAGUGAAUUGUUGCAAAUCUGUUUUUUCUCAUUUCAAGUGGAAAUGUUUUCUUUUUAAUGAAGCCUAAUUAUAAUUACCAUUUGAUAUUGGAUUUUUACUUGUAACAAUCUGCUUCUGCUAUACUUUAUUUGCUUCUCUCAUCACAAUAUCGCAAACACGACCAUCAUGUUAAUUUGUUAUAUAUCUAUUAGAUGAAGAAGGAGGUGUUUGGGAUUUUGUGUAUUAGUUAAUGUAACACUCCAGUAUUAUUGAGUUUCUGAUUUGUCUGAUUUUCUGUUUAUUUGUAUUAAAAUAUUCUACAGCUGAAGUCGACGUCUACAAACUGGACCAACUACUGUCACGAAUACUCACUGUUAAUUAUUUCUGUUUCUCCACCUGCAUAUCAAAAUGGAGACUUUUGCAUCAUAUAUUUCAGAAAAGCUGGAUACAGAUGUUGCGUGUAUUCGUCUACUUUUAUCCAUGAUCAUGGGUUAUCCUAUCGCUUUUAUAUACGAUAUGAAGGCAAGUUCAUGGAGAACUUCCUAUCGACAUCUUUAUUUGUUUACUUGUGGUGUCCUUUUAUUCCUAUGGAAUUUUGGUUUUGAUAUUGUGCAUAUGUUUGUCGGGAUUUUUACGACACUGUUUGUUAAUUAUUUGUUUACGCACUCGAGAACUGCCGUCAUCUUUGCUUUUGUGUUUAAUAUGGGAUAUUUAGUUAUCGGCUCUCAUAUAUGUAACCGAGGUACCUAUGAUAUAAAUUGGACAACACCGUAUUGUGUUCUUUGUUUGCGAAUGAUUGGAUUGUCAUGGGAUUUGUACGAUGCAUCUGAACCAGAAAGUCAACGUUCGGUUUCUCAAAAAAAGUCAGCUUUAUCUAAAUUCCCUGGAGUAUUGGAGACGUUAGCCUUUUCUUUUACUCCAACAGCUUUUCUUACUGGACCCCAGUUUCCCAUGCGGCAUUUCCAAGCAUUCAUUGAUGGAUCAUUAAGGCCAGUAGUCACCCUAAGAAAGGACACAUUUAAACACCGUUUCAUCUAUAAUGCCAAGUUCCGUCGGACAUUGAGUCGCUUUGUAUUGGGACAUUUUGGCUUAAUUGUUUUAUCGAAAUGGUUCGCAAUGUAUCCUGCUGAUAAAAUGUUAACUGAUGAGUUUCAAUAUGAAUGGAGUUUCUUUUCACGUCUGCUUUACAUGAUAAUAUUUGGACAGAUAACGUUAUUACGUUACGUAUCCAUCUGGCUAAUAGCUGAAGGUUCUUGUGUUUUAAUUGGACUUGGAUGUACUGGUCUUGUUCAUAUUAAAUCCAAAGGAUCUAUUCAGCUGCCCGAUUUUAUAAAAAAUAAGGAUUCUGACACGCUUACACGUGACGGUCCUGUUUUAAAACGUCGGGAUUCUGCUGUGGAUUGGUCUUUUGCAGAUAACUAUAUUAAAUCCCAUGCGGAACUUUAUGAUCCUACACAAGUGAUAGUACGUGAAGCUCCUCAUACAGCCUGUGCAAAUAUUUCUUUAAAACGGUAUAUUUUCGCAACGAAUACUGACGACAUUGUUGCCGGUUUCAAUAUCAAUACCAACAAAUGGCUUUUAGACUAUGUUUAUAAACGCUUACGUUUCUUGGGCAAUAAAAAUUUAUCUCAAUUAAUAUCAUUAUUAUUUUUGGCACUUUGGCAUGGCACAUACAGUGGCUAUUAUCUCAAUUUUGGAAUAGAAUUAUUAGUAGUGACAGUUGAAAAAGAUUUUUUGUCUAUACUGAAGAAUUCAAAAUAUAAUCAUUUCUUUUAUAAAACGUAUAUUGGACGUGUGAUCAGCAGUGUAUGUGGCAAACUUCAUAUUUAUUUUAUUCUGGCUAGUCCAAUGGUAGCGUUUUAUCUGUUAAAAUUUCGUCUAUGGUUUUCUGUAUUGAAAUCAGUCUAUUUCAUUGGAUUAUGGUAUGUAUUUUGGCCAUUAAUAAGACCAGCUGUCAAGUAUCUACUACCACCAUUACCGAAAUCUCCAUCAGAACAAUCAUCUCAACUGUCAACAACAAUGAAUGGUGAUGUCACUCCCGUCAUUGAUCAGUUAUCUUCAAGAAAACAACAGUGAUACGAUAGCAUAAUAUAUAAUUGUAUUUAUUUCCUUAUUGUGUUCAUUAAAAUGUGUCAAGUAUGUACAUGUUUACGUACGUAUCUACGUGAAUACGAAGAUUGAGAAAACUUGAAACUGUAACUUUAUUAUUGUUCACCUGUUGUGCCUUUUCUCUAUCAUGAGUAAAUUAAUAUGACAAAGAAAUAAUAAUUACUGGUUCAUAUUGUACGAUACCAUAUGAAUGUAUAUGUAUUAGUGUACUUUUCAUCCUAUUACUUCACUUCACUAAAAGGAUACAUUGAGUACAUUUAUUUUUAGAUUGUUCAACAAAGUUUUUUUAAAAAUAAUUAACAACAAUCCAUAUCAACUUUAACAUUUCAAUUUUUAUUCUUUUUUUUCAUAUCCCAUUAGAUUUUUCCAUGUGUUUUUCAUUAAGGUUAUUAAUUAAGACUAUAAUUGCCUAUAAUAAUAGUAAUAACUAUUGUUAUUAUAACUGUUAUUAUCAUUAUUAUUGUUACUAUUAUUCUUAUCUGUUAAACUUCUUUUUCCUUGAUGAACUGGGUAUAAUUUACUUUGAAACAACUUGUGAAAGACUAUGAAUAGCUUGGAUGAUCAAUCUAUACUGUAGCAUUACUUUUAAGUAGUUUUACUUCUAUUAUUAUUACUAUUCUUCUUCUUCUUCUUCUUCUUCUUCUUCUUCUUCUUCUUAUUAUUAUUAUUAUUAUUAUUAUUAUUAUUAUUAUUAUUAUUAUUAUUGUCUUCUUCCAUGUUAAAUAGGUUGAUUUCUUUAAACAUACUCUGCGUACACUAUGUACUUUCACUUUUGUAUGUAUUUUCUCUCUUGUCAUUGAGAAUUAUCAAAUCGUUUAUUCGUGUUUUUCUCAAUUCCUUACUAUUUUAUUUCUUCCACUUUCUAUUUCACUCUUUCUGUUAUUUCAUUUUUUUCAUUAGCAUACCUACCUCUAAAUUUACGCUCAUUCAUUUUUUCUAUUUCAAUGUGAUAUUUUUUAAGAAAACAGUUUUGUUAACCACCAGUACUAAUCAUAUAAUACAAUUUCACUGGUGUAUAGCUAAUUUUUUAUUAAGCGAUACC